CCCAAAACACGUUGGCCUUCAGUAGCUACUGAGUUUUUAAACUUAUUCGGCAGAAAACGUUCAGGGUGUACAAUCCGGCCAUGUUGAAACAUGUGAUGAAAAAUCCACACAAGGUUUUACCUCAAUUACUAGCUGCGGCCAUCGGGUCAUGGGGAUUCUUCUGCACAGGGCUGGUGCGCGGAUGGAGUUCACCUGGAAUACCUUCGCUCAAUGCGACCAAGAAUUUUGAAAUCGAAUCGUCUGAUGUGGCGUGGAUUGCCUCCAUGCCUCCACUUUGCGCCCUCGUUGGAGCUUUGCUCGUUAGCUAUCCAAUGCAACAUUUCGGCCGAAGGAGAACUCUCAUUGGCUUGUCCAUCCCUUUUUUUAUCGGCUUUUUAUUGAUGGGAUUAACAUACUUCGGACGUCAUAAGGCAAUGUUAUACGUAGGCCGAUUGAUGACCGGUUUAGUAAACGGAGCCUUAACGCCAUCCUCUCAGAUAUAUAUUAGCGAAUGCUCAUCGCCACGUAUUCGUGGCGUCCUCAGUUCGUUGACGGCCAGCGCGUUGGCUCUGGGCAUCCUAACACCCUACAUCAUAGGCGCCUUUGUCGACUGGUGGGUCUUGGCCCUUAUAUUAAUCGUUUUUCCGGUGCUGUUGUUCACUGGGAUGAUUUUCAUGCCCGAAACACCCAUCUGGCUGAUGGCGCACAAGCACGAGGAUGAAGCGCGACGUGCACUUCAACGUCUGCGCGGAAAACGAACGGAUGUUGAUGCUGAAUUUUUGCGGAUUAAAGAAAAUCAAGAGAAGAGCGAUAAAAAGAAACACAAGAUCCAACCGAGGGAGUUGUUGAAAGGCUCCGUUUUGAAACCUCUGAGUAUUUCUCUGGGCAUCAUGUUUUUCCAGCAAUCUACCGGAAUCAACGCUAUGGUCUUUUAUACCGUCAACAUCUUCAAAUCGGCUGGAUCCUCAAUUGACGGCCGCUACGCCACCAUCAUUGUCGGUGUUGUCCAGCUCAUCGCCACAGCAUUUUCAGGAUUUUUCGUGGACCGCUAUGGCCGUCGGAUUCUUCUACUUGGCUCUGCCGUGAUCGUCUCUUGUUCAUUAGCUGCCAUGGGUUCUUUCUUCUACAUGCAGGAGCAAUGGGGAGCCGCUUUAGCUACAGAAAAACUUGGUUGGUUACCAUUACUCUCGCUGGUCGUCUUCUUUAUCGCGUAUUCUGGCGGCUACGCCAAUGUUCCCUUCAUUCUCAUGGGCGAGCUGUUCCCGGCACGUUACCGGUCUAUUCUCGGCCCGCUCAGCUCUUCGUUCAACCUUUGUUGCACGUUUAUCGUCGUGCGAAGUUUCCCCGUUAUGCAAGUCACGAUGACCAAGUACGGAGCUUUUUGGUUCUUUAUGUGCUGCACACUAGUUGGAAUCGCGUUCGUCUACUUUCUUCUGCCUGAAACUAAAGGCAAAACACUGGAAGAUAUUGAGAAAAUCUUCUCCGCGAAAUAUGAUGCAACCGGCACGUUGAAAACAACUGAAGCGCAGACAGAUGAAAAUUCUUUAGAAGUUAAAGUUCCUGCUGCUUUGUCUGGUGAUAUUGAAAUGAAUAAAUCAAAUGACGGAGCUUUACGUCAGCACAAGACGAAGAAAAAUGGAAACGUUGCGUUGGACAACGGCAAUCAGAUUACAACGUUGGCUCUGACGCCAAUCGCCGAUUCAGAAGACGAAGAAGAUGGAUCUCUAGUUAUGGCUCCUUUAUAGUUUUGAACAGAUCUUCCGCAUCCACUCACAGGAUUUUGAAUGGAUAUUCGUAAUUUUAGAUUACCGAAAAUAAUUUAAUGUUACGUGUGAACAGAUCGCUUGUUUGAAU